UCUGUGAAGGUCCUGGUUAGUGGGUCAGUACUCUUCCUUCUCUCUCAUCUCUGCUGCUCUCUCUCCAACCUAUCUUUCAUCUUUUGGUCAUAAACAUUACAAAGUCAAAAUCCCAGGGGAAAAUACGUUAUGGACCUAAAGGAGUUUUGCCUGAGUGAGAACUUCCAUUUUCUAAACCAGCAUGAACUUUUGGAUCCGUCAUCAACCGAUGAUCCACCGUCCCCCACUGAUCCGCCGGUAAAAGCCGAUCCGCGAAGCCCGUUGUUCGGUCUGGACAGCAGCAGCCCGACCCCGUUCAGCCCCGGCAGCAGUUCGGACAGCAGCGGUUACAGUCUAUUCUCACAGAAUCAUGUGAACCCGGACUCUCCGGUCAGCUCCAGCUCUGUCGUCUUUAAUCCUCUGUCUCUCAGCUGCGACUACAUCCCAUCACUGAACCCCGGGCCCAAACGUCUCUGUCUGGUGUGCGGAGACUUCGCGUCAGGUUAUCACUACGGCGUCGCGUCCUGUGAGGCGUGCAAGGCCUUCUUCAAAAGAACUAUUCAAGGAAACAUUGAGUACAGCUGUCCUGUGGUAAAUGAUUGUGAGAUCACUAAGAGAAGAAGGAAGUCGUGCCAGGCAUGUCGAUUUCAGAAGUGUUUGCGUGCAGGCAUGAUGAGAGAGGGUGUACGAAUGGACCGUGUGAGGGGCGGCAGACAGAAGUAUAAGUGCCGGCUGGAUUCAGACAACUCUGUCUUCACCAGAACACAUUACACACAUCCAGGAAAAUCAGUCAGAAACAAAGUCAUCGCACAGCUCCUAGUUUCUGAACCAGCUCCACUGCGAGCUACCCCGGACCCCUCGGCCCCUGACAGUGACCUUAAAACACUGCUGACCUUAUGUGACCUAUUAAACAGGGAACUACUGGUAAUGAUAGGCUGGGCAAAACACAUACCAGGAUUCACGGCUCUGUCAUUGGUGGAUCAGAUGGCCCUGCUUCAGAGUGGCUGGAUGGAGACUCUAAUGCUGGGUGUCGUGUGGAGAUCUCAGGGCCUGACAGAUGAACUGCAGUUUGCAGAGAACAUGCGACUCAACGAGAGCCAGAGCAGCACCAUGGGACUGCAUGAUCUCUACACGGCACUGCGACAUCUCACCUCCAAAUAUCAACAGAUGGGCUUAAACCAAGAGGAGAUGGUCACUCUCAAAGCCAUGUCUCUUGCCAACUCAGAUGCAGAGAACGUAGAGAGCGCAGAUGCCUUACAGAGUUUUCAGGAUGCUCUUCACGAAGCCCUCCAGGACUACGAGAGCAGCCAGAGACCCUCCGAGCCUCAUCGUGCCGGGAGAUUGCUCAUGACCCUGCCCCUGUUACGGCAGACCGCUCACAGAGCCGUGCGCUGCUUCUGUCGGCUGCACACUGAAGGCCAUGUUCCAAUGCACAAACUCUUUCUGGAGAUGCUGGAUGCCAAGAUCUAAGCUAGAUCGGUUUAGAAGGAAGGCACUGCUUGAUAAAAGCCAAGGAUUAAAAGCCCAGAGAUUUUAUUAUAGAGAGGCUAAACCUUCACAGUCAAGAGUUUGUCCUCGAACAUGUCGCAUACAUGGAGACUACAUGGAGUGAUUUUUCAAACAUGCAUCAGUAUGUGUUAGAGCGACUGUAUGGAGAGCUUAGGCAGCUAAACUUGCACUUGAAGACGAGAGGGUCCUGUUAGUUCAUCAAAAAUGAAACCUCUGUCAAUUAUUAGUUACCAAACAUCAUGUUUUUAAACCCCUUUUAGAAACCCUUGUACAAGGAACACAAAUGUUGAGCGUUAGUGGCUGACACAGUCACCAUUCACUUAUUAUUUAAAUAAAAGUCGUAUAAUUCUUCUAAUCACAUUUUUUUUCUAAAAGCACAAUAUGAAAAUGAAAAUAGAUGACAACAGACAACUCUUGGCCGGAUUAUAAAAAAUGUUUUGCGGACCAGGGGCCUCAUUUAUAAAAUGCUACAUUUAAUCUUACGAUCAUUUAUCAAAAAUGCAAACGUGUGAUUCAUAAACUGAACGUAUGAGCAGAAAACACGGGUACCCCUUUCUUUCAGAUGUGAAAUCUAUAAAUUGCAAAUGAUCUUGAACUUGUGCGCAGCUGAGUUUCAGAUCUCCGCCUUUAAAUGAUUCCUAAUUAAUGUCAUAGACAUAUAAGCGAGUGCUUGUCAAUGUUUAAACCCUUUUUGAGCAGCAAGGCUUAUAUUUCAAAAACCUGCGGCAAUCAGACAAGCAAAAGCGCCAAGCACAUUUCCACGUCAAAGACAGUUUUUAUAAAUAUGGACUUUGUUGUGGAUUUUUGAGUACGCACACUUUAUGAUCCAAUCUGUGUGUAUGCACGCUUUAGAAAUGAGGCCCACAGUCGUGUGCUGCCUAUUUUUUGUGAACUGUACCUUUAAUUUCAUUCUCAGUCUUUUACUAUUUAUUUGAUUUGUAUGAACUUCAAGGAGAUUAUCAUUUGAUAUGGUGUUGGCAAUAAAGUAGAUGCAUUGUUUUUUAUGAUUUUGAAAUAUCAACAAUUUUUGUAUUCAUUAUAAUUUGUCUAAUUUGUAAUCUAGAUCAGUGGUUCUCAAACUUUUUGGUGUGCCCCCCCCUUGU